CCCCUUUCGAUUCUCGCCCUACUGUCUACCCUUUUCUCACUAGCUCGACCUUUCGUUCCCCUGAAAUUGGCUCGGCUAUUUUGAAACUGGGCCACAAGAAAAGGUCACAUCUGGACAGCAGAUUUCUUCUCAGCACCACAGCAGCAGCAGCGGCGGUACCACGUAUAGCGCGCAGAACGGAGGUAGCUACCACGCCUAUCAGCAACGCAACGGGACUGGACAUCGUUCGUCGUUGCAGCAGCAACAACCCCAGCAGACAUCGCAGCAGCAGCAAGACACGUCGCCUAGUCUUAGUGGCUCUUACGACGACUCUACACCCCCUGCAGCAGCCAACGGAUCACCUUGGGGUUACAACGGCACCUCUUCGCACGGAAUGUACGGCGCUUCAGGCUACCACGGCAACAGCGGAGGAGGAGGGGGAGCUCCAGCUGCUUAUUCGGCCUAUUCUGUCCAAUCUCACCAGCCUCCGCCGCCUGGUCACAUGUACGGCUCCUCAUCUCACAAUGGCCAGAUCAAUGGUACCACGGGACCCGGCGGUGGAGGCAGUGGCGGCGCAUCUUCGGCUCAUCACAGCGGAGCGAGCACGCCGACGGGGGGUGCUUACCCCCCCGCUCAUCACUAUGGUGGCAUGGGCGGCGCUGGAGGUGCCUACAUGGGCCAAGCUUAUGGUCAGCACCCCACGUCGCAGCAGCAGCAGCUGCCACAGCAGGCCCAGCAGCCAAUGCAUCAGCACCAGCACCAGCAACCGUCACCGCAGAGCUAUUAUCCCGGAGGACACAGUGCCGCGUCAAAUGGGAUGAUGCCCUCGCCCUCGUACACAUCGGCGCCCCAGUACAGCACCCAACUGCCCUUGGCCGGAAGACACCGAGUCACGACCACGCUGUGGGAAGACGAGGGCACGCUGUGCUUCCAGGUCGAUGCACGCGGCGUCUGUGUCGCCAGGAGGCACGACAACAACAUGAUCAACGGCACAAAGCUGCUCAACGUCUGCGGCAUGUCCCGAGGCAAGCGCGAUGGCAUUCUGAAAAACGAAAAGGAGCGCGUCGUCGUCAAAGUCGGCGCCAUGCAUCUCAAAGGCGUCUGGAUCACAUUUGCGAGAGGAAAACAGCUCGCCGAACAGAAUGGUAUCAGCGAAAUCCUCUACCCCCUCUUUGAGACCAACAUUCAAUCCUUUCUCUACCAUCCCGACAACUAUCCAAGGACGGCAGCCGUCAUGGCUGCGGCCCAGGAGCGCCAUGCUCAGCGAUCUCGUGCCUCGGCUGGCGGUGCACCGCACCUGAGCCCGACGUAUCCCUCUCAGAGGUCGUCGAGCCAGACGGGCAGCAUUGGAGGCGCGCAGCAGAACCCACCACCGCUGAUGCGUUCCAACACAACGCCCUCCAGCCAGAUGCCCGGCUCGCCAUAUGGCCACCAUCCAAAUGGCUAUGGUCAGCCUUCGUCGCAGUCGCCCGGCAGCGGGGGCCACCUUCAGUCGGCUGCUGGCAUGGGCCACCCUGCUCAUGCAUCCCAGGCACAUCUGCCACGCCGCACGCCUUCGAGUGGACUCAAGCGCAGCUUUGACGACCACCACGAGGACGGCAACUCGAGCCAGUUUGCUCAGGUCGCUGCACCGUUUGAAGACGAACGAGCGUCGUCGAUGUACGCAAACGGAGGCGGCGCCGCGAAGCGAGUACGCGACGGCGCAAAUGGGGAAGAGCUCGGUGCGUCGACCGCCUAUGCGCAAAGGGCAUUAGAUGGCCAAACGCGAACGGUUGGUUGUCCUGACACCGCCGCUUCCGUGAUGCGUUCAUGCUCAUGGGCGCGCAAAGCAAGCUUUAUCUGAACAGACCCGCUGACAAUGUGUUUCGUUCAACACAGGCCCUCUGACGCUCAGCGGAGGUAACAUGCGCUCCCCCGGCUCUUGGACUCCCGUUUCGACGCCCUCGCUCACCACGUCAGGCACCUUGAGCAGCAUGGGCAGCAGCA